AUGGAGGACAACGAACUGGAGAAGCAAUCAUUGAACUCUCAAGCAUCGGAUUGGGACAGUGUAUCGCUUGGCCAGUCACAAUACUUGGAUGUACGAUUACCGCAAUUGGAAAUUAAUCGGGCAUCGCCUAUACCACCACCAGAUUUAGAUGAAAUUGGUAAACAAGAUUUGCCACAAAAAUUUCUUUGUGUUCCCAGUCGAACAACUCUAUACUCCGGUAGGACUAGUCCAUCAGUUGCCGGAAGUGUGCAGUCGGAUCCUGAAUCAUGUAUGGACACAUCACGAUAUCAGCAGGAUGAUUCUGAUACCGAAGUUAUGGAUGAUGACGAAGACGAUGAUGAUGGUGGUGAUGAUGAUGAUGAUGAGGAUAAUGAUGAUGUCGGUGCUGGUGCUGAUAGUUUUGAUGAGGAUGAUGAUAGCGAUGAUGAUGAUAAUGAUGAUGUUGUUGCUGGUGGUGUUGAUGAAUUUGAUGAUUUUGAUGAAGAUGAUGAAGAUGAGGAUAGAAUGAUGGAAAAUAGAGAUACCACAAUAUUUCAUAUAUCUGCUGAAACAAAAAAGGGCAUUGAUCAACUAAAAGAAAAAAGAAAUUAA